AUGGAAAAUGUUAGAGGAUUUGAAGUCAUUGGCGUUUAUGUUGAACACAAUGUUGAAGAAGUUAAUAUUGAAGAUGUUACUUUUGAAGAUGUAAAUAUUGAAGAUGUUAAUUUUGAAGAUGCAAAUGUUGAAGAUGUCAAUGUUGAAGAUGUGAAUAUUGAAGAUGUCAAUUUUGAAGAUGCACAUGUUGAAGAUGUCAAUGUUGAAGAUAACAAUGUUGAAGAUGAAAAUGUUGAAGAUUUCAAUGUUGAAUAUGUAUGGAAGGAUGUCCAUUUUAUAUAA